UCGUCGCUCGGUUACCUGUUGAUGGGGAGAGGAGAAUGGAGGAGAUGAGUAGGGGUAGGGAAGGGCAAAACCCGCACAAUAAAGAGAGAGGAAGAAGAAAAGUAGCCAAACUUGUAUUCUAAAUCGAGAGCAAUGAACAUCUGGUUUUCUUGUUGAUGCCUCAACUGGUGCUGUUGGUCUAAUCAGGAAAAUUAUCUCUCUUCCUUGGUUUUUGGAGGAGAUCGAGCUGCCUAUCUAUGGUCUGUUCCGGAUUCUCAGUUUUUGGUGCAUUUGAAUCAAAUCCCAAAUUUUCCUUUGAAGAUUAUGGGUCGGAAAAUGGAAUGGGCAGCGCGAGGGAGCCACUUGGGAGGAAUCCCUCGUAAGAUGGUAUUUAUGGCGGUUGGGGCGUUUGCCAAGGCCGUCGCUACUGUUUUCAACACCACCUCCGUUCAUAACGCUGAUACCCUCUUUCGUCUUGUCCGAUCCCGACCUCCUGGUGUACCUCUCAUCACGGUUAGCAAUCACAUGUCCACAUUGGACGACCCAGUUAUGUGGGGAUUCAGUGGAUUUCCUGUAGCAGAUGCAAAUUUGGCACGGUGGGUGCUUGCUGCAGAAGACAUAUGCUUUAAAAAUAUUGUGCUAUCAUAUUUUUUUCGACUUGGGAAAUGCAUACCCAUAACGAGGGGUGCUGGAAUUUAUCAAGAACACAUGAAUGAGGCUCUUGAUCGCUUGAGUGAUGGAGCAUGGCUGCAUACAUUUCCUGAGGGAAAAGUGUUCCAAGAAGAUACGGCUAUAAAACGGUUAAAAUGGGGAACUGCUAGUCUCAUUGUUCGAGCUCCAAUAACUCCAAUUGUUUUGCCAAUUGUCCACCAUGGGUUUGAAGGGGUGAUGCCGGAGAAUUUUUGGUUUGGCCGAAGGCCCCCUGUUCCACUAUUUAAUAAGAAUAUUAAAAUAAUAAUUGGUGAGCCCGUGGAGUUUGACUUUACAGAACUGAGACGGUUGGCAAUGGCCAUGUCUGGGGAUUCGUCGUUUCGUGAGGGAGGUGGAUCAGGAAAAGGGUGCACUGGCGGCGGCGGAGGCGGUAGCAGCAGCAGCGCUCACGGACUGGAUGAGGCGGCGCAGAGAUGCCUCUAUACAAUUAUUUCGGAGCGAAUUCGAAGUGUCAUGGAGCGCUUACGGACUUAUGGCAAGACUCUCCGCAAGCCAUAGAUUUAAGAUUUUUCUUUCCCAAAACAAAAUUAAGUUACAUUAAAAUUUUUUAAAGGAUCAUCUCUCUUUAUUAUUUA